UAUGCAAAAAGAGGGCAGAGUGGCAUUAUAUUUUGUUAAGAAAAUUAUCAUUUGAAACGACACAGUGUCGUAAAAGAUGGAAAAAUAAAUAAAUAAAUAAAUUACUCAGCUCUCCGAAACACAGCCUGUGAGGAAAGGCUGAGGCUCAGAAGAUAAUUGUUGUCGUUUGCUGGCCAACAAUGGCUCUACGGCUUCUGAAGCUUCCCAACGACAUCAUCAUCUCGCGCAGUUCCAUUACCAGCUCAACUUACUUUUCUUAUUCUCUUUCCUACUUUAAUAAGCUCUCCGUGAGAUGGGUUGGAGCCCAGAUGCGUAGUCCCUGUAGAAGCUUUGCCGUUGUGAAGUUGGCAAAAGUUCAAGCAUCCAAGAAGAAAAGGAGGCUUGAUGAGAUAUGCGUGGAAAGGUUUCAACAAUACAGCCGGACAUUCAUACAGUCAUGGAUAUUACAAGGCAAAGUAUUUGUGGAUGGAAAGGUGGUCAACAAAGCUGGAACACCUAUCUCAGAUAAAGCUGUUGUAGAGAUAAUGGCUGAAAUCCCAAAAUAUGUAUGUAGAGCGGGACACAAGUUAGAAGCUGCCAUUGAAAAGUUGGACAUUGAUGUUUCUGGAAAAGUAGCUCUUGAUUCAGGGUUGUCCACAGGAGGAUUUACUGACUGUUUGCUUCAGUAUGGUGCAUCACUUGUUUAUGGAGUUGACGUAGGUUAUGGGCAGGUGGCAGACAAAAUUCGACGAGAUGAACGAGUCUGUGUUAUAGAACGGACAAAUUUAAGAUACCUUUCUGCACUCCCUCAAAAAGUUGAUUUGGUGACUCUGGACCUUUCAUUCAUCUCUAUUCUUUUGGUCAUGCCUGCUGUAGUAAAAGUAAUGAAUGAUGAGGCAACAUUAAUUACUUUGGUUAAACCUCAAUUUGAAGCUCGCAGAUCACAGGUUGGUGGUGGUGGGAUUGUAAGAGAUCCACUCGUUCACCAAGAGGAUUCUAUUGUGCAGGUUCUUGAAAAGAUUAUAAAGGGUGUAGAGAAUUUUGGAUUCUGCUGCAAAGGAUGGAUAGAGUCUCCUCUCAAGGGUGCAGAGGGUAAUAUAGAAUUCCUUGUUCAUUUUGUUAGGAAAGCUGAGCAAACUGCAGACUGAUUAUCAAUGUUAGCUAUGGGGAAAUCUAUUACAUUUCCAGGUAGACUUUGGACAUGAAAUUUUGGGUGAGGGGAACUUAUUGCAUCUCUGUUUCUUGGUUAUAUCCUCGAUCUUAUUGCAGUGUAUUUACAGAGUAUAAAGUGACAGAAGGGUCCAUCCACCGACAAAAUUAGAUAGAAGAAUGUGACAGCCGGUUGUAAUGUAUAAGCAAUAUUUGAACAAUCUGAGAAACCGCUGCUCCAAGAAGAUGUUUUAUCCAUUCAAAGCA